CCCUCUGACGCGGGAGGACGCUUGUCUCCUCCGGCUUGCCGUCCUCGCAGCUAUGGCGGCCGCCGGGCUCCCGGCCCGGCCGGCCCUGCAGCUGGGGGUCAGGACCCUGCGUGCCUUCUCUACCGCCGUGUCUCCGGCCACUCGAACGCCGAAAUCAAGCCCGUAUGCAAGAGAAAACAUUGAAACAUCCAGAAGUGAAAGGCUGGUGAGAAGAAAGUCACUACCUCCUAGAACAGAGAAAAUGGCUGUUGACCAAGAUUGGCCUAGUGUUUACCCUGUUGCAGCACCAUUUAAACCAUCUGCAGUACCUCUUCCUGUUCGAAUGGGUUAUCCAGUAAAAAGGGGAGUGCCCAUGCCAAAGGAGGGAAAUCUAGAGCUUCUAAAGAUCCCCAAUUUUCUUCAUUUGACGCCUGUAGCAAUUAAAAAACACUGUGAAGCUCUUAAAGAUUUUUGCACAGAGUGGCCAGCUGCACUAGACAGUGAUGAGAAAUGUGAGAAGCAUUUUCCGAUUGAAAUUGACACAGCGGAUUAUGUGUCAGCAGGACCAUCUGUUCGAAACCCUAAAGCACGAGUAGUAACCUUAAGGGUUAAACUUUCCAGUCUGAAUUUAGAUGAUCACGCGAAGAAGAAACUUAUUAAACUUGUAGGAGAGCGAUACUGCAAGACCACAGAUGUGCUUACCAUCAAAACAGAUAGGUGCCCUUUAAAGAGACAGAAUUAUGAUUAUGCGAUGUAUCUACUAACAGUUUUAUAUCAUGAAUCUUGGAAAACUGAAGAAUGGGAGAAAAACAAGACUGAAGCGGACAUGGAGGAGUAUGUAUGGAAAAAUAGCUCCUCAGAAAAAAAUGUCCUGGAAACGCUUCUCCGGAUUAAAGCUGCUGAGAAAGAUAUGGAAGUGAAUAAAGAAGAACUCCUUGGUGCUCCAGAAGUUGAAGACUAUAAAAAGUCUGUUGCUAGUCUUAAGAAUGAAGGUGAAAAUGAAAAUACCAUUUCUCAGUACAAAGAAUCAGUGAAGAGACUAUUGAAUUUGGCAUGAAGUAGAAAAAUCUGCUUGAUUUAUUAAUUUUAUGAUAUGUAUGUAAUUGAUAUCUAAUUUGAUAUAAAAUUGAAAAUGUUAAAAAACUGUUGUUUAACAUCAGAGUUAACAUUCUUUUCAUACUAAUGUGCAAUAGCAGUGAUUAUUCAAAAGUUUCCUUAUUUAUACACUUGGGCGUUUUACCUAAUCAGAAGGGUUUGUGUGAAAACGGCUUGGGGGGCAGUGUCUGACCUCCUCCAACCCCAUGAGGGGGAAGGAGAACCAAGAUCAACAGCCCAAGGCUGAUUCCUAUGAGGUGGAGGUCAGCAUGCCUCCUCUGUCUGCCAUCUCUACCAAUUUUAACACCACCUGUCCUUUCCACAGUACUCUCUACUGGGUUCAGUAAUUAAUUGCAAUGGCCACAAGAACUCACAGACCAUACUCAUAACUAGGGGUUUUAUUUUUAUUAGGCAAGUAACCCUUACAAUUUAGGCUUAAGAACACUCAGGAUACAGUUCUUCCAUCAGAAUAGCCUCUCCCAGCCAUGCCCUCAGGCACGCCUCUCCCUGACCCUCAGUCUCUGGCCAGAGGCGCUCAGCUUUCUCCAUGGGCUAGGAAGCCCACUCUGCUGGCUCCUAAUGCUGGGUCUCUGCUGCUUGUCUCUCCUUCCUUGUUGGUGGUGGGCUCCUCCUCUGUGCUCAGGAAUUGGCUCUCUUUAAGACAAAACUGAGCAGUCCUCUUGGUAGGUCACAAUUACCCUGUUAUACAGUCACCUAGGUGGGAGCUACAGUGCCACACACAAAAGUAAUUAAUCACACUGCAGCCUGUGUUUUCUUCUGGUUCAAAGUGCUUUGAUUUUAUUUCCAACAUAAGAACUUUUAUAUAUAUAAAAAAAGCAAACCAGUGCCGUCGAGUCGAUUCCGACUCAUAGUGACCCUAUAGGACAGAAUAGAAGUGUCCCAUAGAGUUUCCAAGGAGCGCCUGGUGAAUUUGGACUCCCGACCCUUUGGUUAGCAGCCGUAACACUUAACCACUCCUCCACCAGGGUUUCCGCUAUAAUUAGUAUUUUGUCACCUGUUACAUUUCUUUCGCCAUAAAUUAGCAUAUACUGGUUACUUUUGAAUAAUCAUUUUUGUUUGGGAAGCUAGACCCAGAACCCAGUGCCCUGCCCUGCAGUUCAGUGCUCUUUUCAUUUUCACAUAGCUGCUCUCUCCUCAUUCCAUUGUUUGUAGUUGUCAGUUCUGGUUAGAAAUAGGGCUGCACAGGUAUGUUCUAGUCUAAACUGUUUCCUCCAUCCCUCUUUUUUGGAGUCACUUUAUGUUCACUCAACUCUUGUUAGCAUUUUGUUUUCUAGGGGUUCUUUUCCAAGCCCAAGCUUACAAAAUAGUGGGAGUAAACAUUAGCCUUAUUCCUCCCUCUGGAUGCCCCACUUACAGCUUCCACCUCCCAGGAAAGAGAUGAGGUAUCACAAUCUUGAAUUUAAUUGGAGUUGGGAGGGAAAUGGAGUAAAUGAAAAAAAAAAAAAAACCAAGAGGU